CCGUUUUUAAGGUACGUUAAUGGCCGCUUCCGUCCCGACAAGUCAUGUAACUGAGGCCGACGUAUUCUUUUCUCGUCCUAUUUCGUUUAUCAGUGUGUAAAACAUCUCGGACCGGUUUGAUUUCGAGUAUUUUAUGUUUAAGACCGAAGAGCAUAAAUGGAUCUUUCGUGCAGCGACGAAGAGUUGGACUUUAUAAAAAGGCCGCCGCCGAUAUACGUUGGGAACGUGAGCGAAGGGGAUGGAAACGAGAUGGACGUCAAUCGUCCCGCGACACCUCCGAUGGACGACUCGCUCAAGUUGAGCAAAUCCCUGGGUCUCAUAUUCUCGCCGCACAGCCCUCCUUGCCGUAGGAUAAGGUCGAUGAAAUUGAUCGAGUCGCCGGCACAGUUCGGCAAGAACAGGUUACAGCCGGUCUUCACCUCUACACCGACGGCGUCUUCGCCUUGCCUUCAACAUUUCUACAAGAGGAUCGUCAAGACUGCUCCGAGAUCGGCUCGGCCGAGGAAUUUCCUGUCACCGAGAGAAAAGUCAGCUACGUUCACAGACAACUCCGUCUCCCCGAGCUCUCUUAUCAACCCUCUCAGUACGUCGAAAAUCGUCGAAAUCAAAUCAAAGAAGAGGCUCAAAAGUAAAUGUUUUCGGACGUCAACCAAUCAAAGUUUCACAUUUGAAUCAGAUGAAAAUCAAGAUAGUGUUAGUCCCACUCACAGAGAUUCAUCACAUUUGGAUUUCAAGAAACCAAGGUUAACAGACUUUAAUGUUCCUAGAUAUCAGCAGGAGUUUUUGGAAUUGGAGGUCAUUGGUUCGGGUGAUCAUGGCUGUGUCUUUAGAUGUCUUAAUAGAUUGAAUGGUGUUGAGUAUGCUGUGAAACGCAGCAUAUGGCCUAUAAAUAAUGAGAAAGUUGCUCAUAAUGAGAUAUAUGCCCAUGCUGUUCUUGAGCACCCUAAUAUAGUUAGAAAUUAUUCAAGCUGGACUGAAAACGAUUAUCUUUUUAUGCAAAAUGAAUACUGUAACGGGGGUAGCCUCGAAGACUUGAUUACAUCUGGUCCUUUGGAGGAAAGGACGCUCAGGAAGAUCUUAGAGCACAUUGCCCAAGGGCUAAGAUUCAUCCAUUCAAAAAAUCUGGCACACAUGGACAUUAAACCAGGAAAUAUCCUUCUCCACAGAGAUGCCAAAAUGUUUUAUAAGCCUUAUGAAAUUGAUGAAUUCUGUGAUGAUGAAAAUUCAAACGAAGAAACCAUAUACAAGAUCGGUGAUUUAGGGCAUGUAACCAGGCUCGAUGAGGUUGUAGAUUUAGAAGAAGGAGACUGUCGUUACCUCCCAAAAGAGAUCCUUCAAGACGAUUAUUCUCAUUUAGACAAAGUUGAUAUAUUCGCUUUAGGCUUGACACUUUAUCAAGCAGCUGGUGCGGGACCUCUUCCAAAAAAUGGCGACGAAUGGCAUAAUAUCCGUUCAGGAAGAAUAAAACAAUUUCCCAACCUUGGUAACGACUUCAAUGACUUAAUUAAGAGAAUGAUUCACCCAGAUCCAAAUACUAGGCCAACUGCUAGUGAUCUCCUUUCGCAAAAUUUAAGUUCACCUAUAUACAAAACUGUGAAGGAUAAACAUGAGCUGAAAGCGGCAAAACAGAAAAUACAACUUCUGGAACAACAAUUAGCAUGUUUAAGGGGCAGUGCAAAAUAUAUUCAAAGGCAAAUUGAACAUGCAACUAAAGUCGGAGGUAGUCCAGAACAGAGAUGUUUAAUUGAAUUGAAAGUCAAAGCAAAACUAUCCAAGUUCCUGAAACUUAUAUCGCUCGAUAAGUUAAAGAAGAUCCGUGAUGGAUGUUAUGAAAUACAUAGAAGUCCUGAGAUCACAAGCAAAAGCAGAAAAUCCCCAAACUCAUGACUCCAAACAUUUGUAGGGGUAAAGGCCUUGUUCAUUUGUUGGAAAGAAAAACGAUCACGGAGCACAACACUAUUUUAACUACCAUUCUUUAUUUUUGCUCUAUUAUUGCCUUUAUUGUUACUUUUAUGUCUUUGUUAGCCUGUGGAUGUGAUAAUAUUUGAAGUUAGUGUUAAACUAUGAAAAAGUGUUGUGAUGAAUUUAUUUGAAAUGUAAGUGACAUUUUUAUUUUUAUUUUUGAAUUGAUAUUUACAACUUUUAGAAAUAUGUAAGGUAUUCAUGAAUAA